AUGAAGGGUGUCUGGCUCCAAGACUUCAUAGAGGGCCCCAAGAAUAUGGCCAAGGACACAGCUCAACGUACUAUGCGAGAGAUGUCUACCUGGGAAAGCGAUGGAGCUUCGGGAAUGUGUGCUGGGCCUGCUCCAAAAUUGGGCCCCUUUGCUUACAAUUACUAUGCUCCUGGGCCCAACACUCCCUUGUCUAUGGGGAGAUCCUCUGACGAUUUAGAUCGGGCAGCUGAAGAGGGCGAAAAGGUAUACUUUGAUGGUAUCCAGGAUAGGAUAGCAGUGCUUGCCAAGGCCAUGGUGGCUGUACAAACCCUCCUCCACCACAUAGGCAUCCAUAAAAGCCCCCAGGAUGGACGCCAUUGCCAGGAAGACCAUCUCCUGCAAUACAUUAAGGUUGACAGUGCUCAGGACUCGGAAGACCCACAUGAAGAUGGCAUACAUAGGAGCUUUAUCUAUGCAGACCAUACUGUUGCAUCCAAGUGUACUGGUGCCAGACACCUAGUACAUGCAUGGCCAGAUCAGGCCCAUGAUCCUAUCAUUCAUGGCCUUCAUCCCUCAGCCGACAUGGUCUCUAACACUCAUGGGGCCCUACACGUCCAUGCAUAUUUUGAGGACACCCAGGAGUUGGCUAUUCUGUUGGGAGAAAUGUUCCAGAUCGCAUUCUAUGCCAAAUAUGAAGCUGCCUUUCUCACUGGCCAUUGGACAGUAACUGAUCCAGGGCCCCUCCUUGGAAGAGUCCUGGUGUGGAAACUACAAGUCAUGCCCCAUCAGGAUGGCUUAGAUGCGGGUCCAUCUAUCAUCUUCAACAUGGGUAAAUUUACAGGCGGAGAAUGUUACAUCACCAAUCUCAAGCUCAAACUCAAAUACUGUCCUGGGGAUGUCAUAAUCCUCAUGGGUGGAGCCCUCCACCAUGGGAUAGGACCGUGGAAGCCACUCCCUGGUAUUACUGAAGACGGCAUUACACCAGGAUGA